GAUGAAAAAUAUUCAGGGGGCGACUCACUAUGACGACGAAGAUGAGAAGGCUGCGAGGGAUUUUGCUUGGAGAGAUGUACAAUUCACGUCUCUUUGGUGCUGGAUCUUGUACAGAGUAUUGUGGUUUACUUUGCAAGUUUAAUCGGCAUAUAUUGUGUUGUUUCUUAUUUCGGUUUUCUUUGCAAUAUGUAGUCGCGUACCAUGUUAAUUUUACAAUGGCAUGGUUGUGUUCUUGAUUUCAAGUUUUAUGGGUUUCUAUUUGAACGACUGCUAGUGAUAACUAUUGGUGAUGGUUUGAUUACUAUUUUAUUUUAUUUUUUAUGAAAUACUAUUUUGGUACUUCAAAGGUUUUUUCCCAGUUGAAAAGGAUUAGGAGUUUUUGUAAGAUAUACAAAUUUCUCCAAUUUUAGUUUAAGACGUGAAUCAUAUAAUAAAUACAUUAUUAAAUUGAAAGCUUUUGGGUUCACUUUAUUCCAGUCAAGUAGCAAAUCUGUCAUUAUUCUUCAGCUCUAAGAAAGUAUUUAUGAUCACUAGGCUGCUAAUUUAUUGAGUUGCAGAAUUUGGGUCAAAGUUGAUAAUGUGAAGAACAGACACAGUGCUGCAAACAUAUGCAUGGGUCAUAAUGCGUGGAAGCUAGCUAGGUGGAAGUGCUAUACAAGGAGAAGAGCUAGAAAGGCCCCAAAAUAAAAUUGAUGUAAUUAAAGAAAAGCUGGCUACAGGAGGGUGUGAAUAAUACAUUGAACGAAGUGACGAUGUAAUUAUCGGGCAGCUAGUAUUUUGAGUUGCAAAUUUUGCAUUCGAAGUUAAUAUUUAUCAUGGGAAGAAAGCAAAACUCUGCCAAAAAACAAAAGAGAGGGAAUGAAAAUGAUGAUAGGAUCAGCAAACUUCCGGAUGAGCUUAUCAUCUUCAUUCUCUCGCUUUUGAACGUGAAAGAAGCAGCAAGGACUAGUGUACUUUCGCGUCGAUGGCACCAAGUUUGGACUUUCAUCCCCUCCCUGAAUUUUGAUCCUUCAGUGGUCAUAAACGACCUUUGUUGGGUAAGGAACCGGUGGUUUCUUUUGAAGGGAAGGAGUAAAUAUGUCAAUUGGGUGAAUAGUGUCUUGAAGACUCAUCAGGGAUCCAAUUUAGAUAAAUUCAGAGUUCAAUUUGAUUUGGAUGGAAAUCAUAGACAUCAUAUUGAUGCGUGGCUGAAAUUUGCAAUUGAAAGGCGAGUGAAAAACCUUUCGAUGGACUUUCGUAAUUUUGAGGGACUUCUUGACCCUCAGUACUGUUUUCCAGUAUUAGGUAACCUUUCAAAGAGAUUGCGGUCUGGUACUGUGGGGUUCCCACAUUGUACUUCUCUUAGAGCUCUGGAGCUGGUAGCUGUCAAUAUAAAUGCAGACCAGAUUGAAUAUUUCUUAUCCAACUGCCCAUUUCUUGAGCGGGUGUGUGUAAUAGGUUCCUCUGCUCUUGUCAACUUAAGAGUUGCCGGUGCAUCGCUUUGCUUGAGAUACUUGGAGCUAAUACAUUGCUAUGGCUUAGAAAGCCUAUAUAUUUCUGCAACAAAUCUCAUUUCAUUCGUAUUUCAUGGACCGAGCAUUAAAAUAUCUUACGAGAAUAUCCCAAACCUUGUUGAAGUGUAUUUUGCGGCGGAUUUCGUUGGACCUAUUAUUAAGUACUUAUUACAGCUUUCAAGUUAUGUAUCUCAAAUUGAAACACUUGAACUGAACUUGUUUGGUGGAAUGGAGAAGAUCGAUCCGCUGUGCAAAUUUCCUGUGUUUGCGAACCUCAAGAAAUGGAAAUUGAAGAUUCAUGCUACCAAUAAUACCAGGACCCUUCUUGAUUAUGCCCCCUUCAUACAUGCAUGUCCGGCCCUUCAAACAUUUGAGUUGGAGAUAGCUAGAUGGAAUAAGCAUAAUGUGGUGAUGAGGAGAGCAAAAGAGGUCCCAGACCCACAUUGUCCUCAUAAAAACCUCAGAGAGGUAAAAAUUGUUGGCUUUACGGGCCUUGCUGUGGACAAUGAGAUUGCGACUUAUCUGAUUAAGAAUGCGUUCUCUCUGGAGAAAAUUAUCCUCGAUACCAGUGCACCAACUUCAGUAGACAACCGGUGGGACCAUAAAGAUCCAAUGAGUAUUGAAACUGCAGUUAAGUGUGCCAUGGGACUCAAGUACCGGUUCGCUCUUGGGAAUAAAUUGAAGCUCCGCUAGGCAACUUUUAUAUUGAUCUAUUAUUCUGCAUGACAUUUUUCAAUAAAUAAUUGUGGACUCUAUUAUCUGAGAGCCCUUGUUCCCCAGAAUUAUUUAGGUUUGCUUUUCAAGAAUUUUCAAUUGUCCGUACAGGGUAAUGUGCCCCUGUCAAAACUUUUUAAGAAGGUUAUCUUAUAAAUUUGAAUUGCUUCUAUGAUUCUUCAUGACAAUAUUGUGUAGUUGUUGCCUUGAGCGCGGAA